AUGACACCCCUGAAUGCAGAGUUGGGAAGAGAUACGCAGUAUUGCACCACUGAGUCGUAUUUCCACGUACAGACCUCAACUUCACACAGCCGCCGGCAGCGGCGGCGCCCGCGCAGCGUAGCAUCUCCCGCCAGGGCCCAUCGCACAUGCGCAGUCAGCCGCCCCGGGGGACGCUCAGCCCCGCCCCUCAGAGACGCCGGGUUCCCUGAAAGGUACAAAGCGUCGAGACGCACACGCGCGGGCCACAGCCGCGCAGGCGCAGUGGGGGUGCCAUCGUGGAGCCCGUCCCCCUUCCUCUCAGCGGGCCGGGGUCGUUGGUUUGCUAAGUGCAGUUGGGCCCGGCAGGUGCUGAAAGGCAGGGGUCGUGGACCCCCGCCGGGUCUCGGCAGCACGGAGGUGCAGGGUGUCGCCGAGGGUGCGGGGCCGGGCGCCGCCGGCGGCGCGCUCCGCGCCGGGGCCCCCGCCUCUACUCUCGGCCAGGCCCUGGCUCCAGCCCCCGUCCCGGCCCCGGCCUCGCAGUUCACCCUGCUGGUGAUGCACCCGUGUGGAGGGCAGGACGAGGCUGCGGCCGAGGGCGUCCUGAGUCAGGCUUCGGCCCUAGGGGGCAGCGCCGGGGCGGGCAAGCCGAUUCAGUACCUGUGUGAAGUGGCAGGGGAUGGUGAGGAGGAGGCAGGCGAGGACGAAGCCGACCUGCUGGACACAUCGGACCCCCCGGGGGGAGGCGAGAGCACGGCUAGUUUGGAGGAUCUGGAAGACGAGGAAAUUCACUCGGGGGGCGAAGGCGGCAGCGGGGGAGCCCGGAGAUGGGGCAGCGGCGGGGGCAGCAUGAGCAAGACCUGCACCUAUGAGGGCUGCAACGAGACCACGAGCCAGGUGGCCAAGCAGCGCAAGCCGUGGAUGUGCAAAAAACACCGCAACAAGAUGUACAAGGACAAGUACAAGAAGAAGAAAAGUGAUCAGGCCCUGAACUGUGGUGGGGCCGCCUCGGCUGGCAGCUCAGGAAACGUCAAACUGGAGGAAAGUGCAGAUAACUUACUCUCCAUUGUUAAACAAAGAACAGGAUCUUUCGGGGAUCGACCUGCAAGACCUACUCUUUUAGAACAAGUGUUAAAUCAGAAAAGACUGUCAUUACUGAGAAGUCCAGAAGUGGUGCAAUUUUUACAGAAACAGCAACAACUAUUAAAUCAGCAAGUUUUGGAGCAAAGACAACAACAGUUUCCAGGAACAUCGGUGUGAGGGAAUUUAUCCAGCUUGACAUGUUUUUUUAUCUUCUUUUAGUGGAUGGACAUAUUUUUAUACUAAAGAUAAGUGGGGUGAGAUAUGCCAAUAGAACAUAAACAGUCAUUUUCACGUAAAUGUACGUGUGCGUUUGAGGACAAAUGAGUAUUGCACAUUGUGCACAUGAUCCUUUCAGAUUACCAUGGAUUUGAAUCAGCUUAUCUUUCCAAAAUAAUAUUUAAUCACAUUUUUUUUUAAACAAAGUGUUUCUCUUCAGUCAUUGUUACUGAAGGUAUUGAAGCAGUUGCUUUCUGUGGAAGUCACGAAGUCAAUAGAUACUGAUCUUGGAUCAUCUAGCUCAGUGGUUCUUAUCAAGGGGCAGUUGGAAAUGUGUGGGGAUGUGUUUUUGCUUGUCACAGUGACCUUGAACUGAUGGGUUUUAGUGACUGGGCCAGGAAUGCUAAGUGUCCAGAGUGGUUCCCCACAGUUAAGAAUUAUCUUGCACACAAUGCCAAUAAUACUCCUCUUAAGAAACACUGAGAGCUACUUGUGAUGAUAAAAUGUAUUUGCAGCACCUGGAAUCAGGUUCUCGUAAUAACCUCUUCUUUGCAGUUAAGACUGGAGCUGUCAAAGAGGUAAGCGUAUUUUAUACCUUUGAGGACAGUGAUCUUGUUAAAUCUCUGUGAAAUUAGGAUGUGCCUGUCUUUUCAGAGAUGUGCUGGUAAAACCUGAGAUGGGUUAUCUAAGUACUCUGGAAUGAGUGCAUCUCCUCAAGUUGGCUUCUCCACUUCAUGUUCCCUAUUAGUGUCGAGCUCUUUUGAAGCAGACACUCUUGUGUGUUGAAUUUGUGAACAGUAUGAAUGUAUCUCAUCCCACCAAUGUCAGGAUAGAAAUAAUUUUUUACACUCAUUUUUUUUUUCAAAAAGAGAUCCUGAAAAUAAGAAUAACACUCCAGCAUUUUGUCUGUUUUUCAACAUUGAGCUAUUUUAAGAUCAUGUUGUUCCUAAGUAAUGUUCAGAGAGUGAUGGGUAAUCUGGAUAGAUACUUUUUUCUUAUAUUUUCCCCUAGGAAAACUUAAAAGGCAAAAGUUACCAUCAGGAGUAUCAAAUCAAAUCUCAAGAAAGUAUUUCCAGUGUUAAGACAGUAAAUGCAUGUGCCUCAAGUUAAACUAUGCAAAAAUUUGCUAGUCUCUUGGGCUUUAAGCUCUGAAAUACAUAUCAGGUUAAACUUCAGUCAUAGCUUUUCUAAGAAGUACUUAAGAAGAGAAGGAAUCUUUUGUUCAUUUUUUAAUAUGUGUUUUAUACUUGCAUAUCUGUGCAAAAAUGCUUUUACAAGAACUAUUCAUUAAAGUCCAGUUGUUGACCUUUAAGUUGUCUUACUCUUACUCACUUAUUCUAUUCUUUAGUUGCUUCCCACCAGAUGCAAAGGAAUUCACUUACAUUUGUGAUUAACUGUUAGUUUUUUUUCUUACUUAUGGUGUUGGGAGCUUUAUUGAAUCCCUACAGUGUAAGUUAACUUUUGUAGUAAAAAAGAAAAAACCAGUUUAUCUUUCUUCCAGUGGAGUAUGAGGAUUAGGAAAGUAGGGAAAGUAACAGGCCAGUGAGAGCUGAACUGAAAGGAAAGGGAUUGAAUUAAUUAAUUUAUAUAUAUUUUAUAUAU